GGAGAUCAGUCUCACUCAGAACUCACACCACUCUGCUGGCUACUCUGUUAGUAGUCUACUGUUUCCUCCUCUAGGGGGGUCAGGGUCUCAGUGUGUCAGAACAGGAAGGAGGAGGAGGAGGGUCUAUAAGUCUAUAACUGGAGAUUACAGAGUCUCACUCAGCAUCAAGACAUGAGAGAACUGACACCACUCUGCUGGCAGCUCUUGCUGUUGAGUACACUGGUAUACUGUAGCCUCGGACAAGGUGGAGAUCUCUCUCUUCCAGCCUCUCUGAGUGUCAGUCCUGACAGAUCUCAGUUCUUUGAAUAUGAGUCUGUCUCUCUGAGCUGUGAGGUUCAGGGGAACUCUGCUGGAUGGAGAGUGGUGAGGAACUCAGAGAGAGGAAACCUUUCAGAGUGUAGUACUGACUGGGGAAAACAACAAGGGUCUUCAUGCACCGUGUCACUAAUACCAUCAGACAGUGGAGUGUACUGGUGUGUGUCUGGGUCUGGAGAACACAGCAAUGCUGUCAACAUCACAGUACCUGCUGGAGCUGUGAUCCUGGAGAGCCCU